AUGAAGUUCCCUCCUGCUGAGAACAUAUUUUUGGACACCCCGUCAGUGGUGAUGGACUCAGGUUUCAGGGUGAUCCUUUGGUACAUCCCGGAUGGGUUGAGUCCAUGGGUGCAGAAUGAUAUGUAUGCAGCCACUGUGUCCAUGGGAGAUCUUCUCAAGAAAAGUGUCACUACCAGGAAAGGAAGCGGUUGGAGGACCCACGAGUCCAACUUUCGACCUGCCGAGUCGCCGGGAUUGACUCCCGGGUGCAUAAACAUAGCACUGUGUUGGUUCCAGCAAGGUCAUGAAUGCUAUGGCCUGCCUCCCGAUAAUCCAGAAGAUGGGUUCAAACCCGAGGUGUCAGCCACCCUGAAGGGCGAAAGGAGCCUGUCUAUGAUCAUGGACAUGCAGAGGCCUGUGCUUCUUGCAUCUGCUGCCUUGCGGGUCAUGCACCCUCAGCUGUACUGGGCUUCUGUCAAAACUCAAAUUGAACUUGGUCGUUGGUGGGGAGACCAUGGCAUGGCGGACAUGCAUCAUUUGUUGAAGUAUUGGGCCUCUGUUUACACAGGUGCAGCCGUCAUGUGCAACCACCAGUCUCCCGAUCACCGAGAUCUGAAAUGUCCGCCCGAGGCAUUCGAUAUACUGACCUCCAUAGGCAGUUACCGGCGGGCAAUCAUGAAGUUGCCCAACCUGGGGAUCGAGUUGGCAUACAAUCCAGGAGUGAUGGUGAGUUAUUCAGGCCGUCUUGUAAGGCAUGGAAUCAGGGUUGAUGAAGGUGAUCGGAUAGUAUGGUCCUGGUUCCUCCGAGAUAGCGUUCACAACUACACCCACACCCCUCGCCCGGAUUACGCCAGAUACAAUCCGGCCGACCUCGAUGCAUACAAGUUGGCCAAAUACAACCAGGCUGAUUUUACCGUGUAUGGCAAGCUGUAG